GCAGAAACGAGAGCGCCGAAGUCUGACAAUGAGUUAGUGAAAGGAGAACUUUGUGGCGGCAGACGGAGAACUAAGAGGAGAAACCGAAGAACACCAAGAUGGAGUUGUGGCGGCAGUGCGCGAUGUGGUUGAUCGACUGUCGAGUUCUUCCUGAGAACCACCGGGUCACGUGGGACGGCGCCAAGGUGUGCGACCUGGCUCAGGCGCUGAGAGACGGCGUGCUGCUGUGCCAGUUACUCAACAACCUGCUGCCUCAGGCCGUCAACCUGAGAGAGAUCAACCUGCGCCCGCAGAUGUCCCAGUUCCUGUGCCUGAAGAACAUCCGGACGUUUCUUGGAGUUUGUCAGCAGAAGUUUCAUCUGAAAAAGAGUGAACUGUUUGAGGCCUUCGACCUGUUCGAUGUUCGAGACUUCGCGAAGGUCAUAGACACUUUGUCCAUCCUCUCUCAUUUGUCCAUUGCUACUACACAAGGAAGACGACUCCAGCCUUUCCCUUCGGAAGGAUGCACUCCUGAUGACGAGAUCUACAGCGGCCUGUCCGACCUCAUAGACGACCCGGUGGACGGGGACGAUGACUUGUACGAGUUUGUGGAGGACGAGGACAAUGAAGGAGACGAGAUCUAUGAAGACUUGAUGAGGAGGGACGAACAAUCUGAAACUCAGCAGAAGGUCGCGGUAGACCAACGUGAGUGCUGCCUGCAGGAGAUCCGACAGACGGAAGAGAAAUACUCCGAUACACUGCAAUCUAUAUUACAGCACUUUAUGAAGCCUCUUCAAAGGUUUCUCCAGGCUUCUGACAUGGAGAGUAUCUUCAUCAACAUAAAGGAUUUGGCAGACACCCAUCACAAUUUGUUGGAGGAGGUCCGGAGCUCCAUCCUGGAUGACGGAGCAAAGAACCUGCACCAGGUGUUCCUGAAGUACAAGGAGAGGCUCUUGCUGUACGGUCGUUACUGCAGUCAGGUGGAACAUGCGACCAAACACCUGGACAAGCUUUCCAAAACGAGGGAGGACAUCCGAAUGAAGCUGGAGGAGUGUUCGAACCGGGCAAAUAGUCGACGUUUUACUCUCAGGGAUUUACUCAUGGUCCCUAUGCAGAGGAUCCUCAAAUAUCCUCUGAUGUUGCAGGAGCUGAUGAAGCACACCACCGACCCGACAGACAAGGAUAACCUCCGCACAGCCCUCGACGCCAUGAGAGACUUGGCGCAGUGUGUGAACGAAGUGAAGCGAGACAACGAGAUCAUCAAGCAGAUCACCAGCUUCCAGUUGUCCAUAGAAAACAUGACUCAGUCUCUCGCUUUCUACGGUCGGCCCAAGAUCGACGGAGAGCUGAAGAUCUGCAGCCCGGAGAAGAAGUCCAAACAGGACAGGUACGCGUUCCUCUUCGACAAGGCCAUGUUCAUCUGUAAGAAGAAGAGCGGAGAGACGUUCGAGCUCAAGGAGAUCAUUGAGCUGCAGUUCUACCAGAUACGAGACGAAACCGCAGGAGAAAAGGACAACAAGAAGUGGUCCUAUUUGUUCCUGCUGCUGGACUGCAACGGGCGCUGUGGCUACGACGUGUUCUUCAAAACCAGAGAGCUGAAGAGGAAAUGGCUGGAACAGUUUGAGAUGGCUCUGUCGAAUAUGUGUCCCGAUAACGCCACGGCCAACAACCACGACUUCCAGAUGCACUGCUUCGAGGAAACCGCCUCCUGCAAGGCCUGCUCGAUGCUCUUGAGAGGGAUCUUUUUCCAGGGCUAUCGCUGCACUCGCUGUAAAAUGGCUGCACAUAAAGAGUGUUUGGGAAGAGUGCCUGUCUGCGGACGAAACCCAGAUCAUGCUGGGACUCUGAGGAAGAAUAAAACACAGAGGUCCUCUGGACAUUCCGGCGUUGAAUUUCCCAAGAUGGAGGUGUGUCAAGAGUACUACGGCCUGCCUCCGCCCCCCGUGGGCUUCGGCCAACCGCUCCACCUCUCCAAAGGUGACAUCGUUGAGCUGACCCGGGCGGAUGCUGACAUGACGUGGUGGGAGGGAAGGAACCUGACAGUCGGUCACAUGGGAUGGUUCCCCAGCCAAAAGGUGCAGCCCUACAUCUCCAGGCUGACCUCUGACCUGUCGGGCUUCAGCUGGUUUGCAGGGAACAUGGACAGAACCGCCGCCAAGAACCUGUUGACGUCCCGGUCCGAUGGAACAUUCCUCGUGCGGCAGAAAAGUGGAGGAGAGUUUGCGAUCAGCAUCAAGUUCAACAUGGACGUCCGACACAUUAAGGUCACGUCCACCGAGUGCCUGUACCGCAUCAAUGAAAAGAAAGCCUUCAAGGGUUUAGUCGAGAUGAUUGAGUUCUACCAGCUGAACUCUCUGAAGGAAUACUUUAAGGAUGUGGACACCACGCUGUGCACGCCUUACAAACAACCCGAGCAAAGCAACCCGCCGAACAACACGCCGCACGCCACGCCAAACGCAACACGAGGAGGCGGCAAGAAGAGUUUCGGCGUGGUGAGGGCCCGGUAUGACUUCUCUGCCCGGGACCGCUCGGAGCUGUCGCUGAGGGAAGGAGACACGAUCAAGAUCCUGACCAAGAAAGGCCAAAGUGGUUGGUGGAAAGGAGAAGUGUACGGCCGGGUGGGGUUCUUUCCAGCCAACUACGUGGAGGAGGACUACUCUGAAUACUGCUGAUGGAGACGUACAGACCCAAACGGAUUGUGUGGAGGUCCCUGUGAUACCCGACUUCCAUCGAUUGCAUGAAGCCAUAUGCACCAGUGUGGCUGUUAGCUGUGAUCUAAUGACUGGCUAGUGAUGUGAAUACAAGUGUUGUCCAGCUGA